GUGCACCAGCCUCAUCCUUGGAAGCCAAUUUGCUUCCUCACAACUGCUUCGGCUCCGACCUCUCUUCUCAUCAAUCAUCGACGCUCGUCCAACACUCACUGACAUGAUGAUUUCUUUCCUCCCUUGAUCCAUCUCUUACCUCCCUCUUUUGCAAUUUACCCUCUCUCCCGCAACAGAGUGGAACGAUGCCGCCCGCGAGUCGGCUCGUGAAGACGCCGGCUGGAACGGUGGCAGGUCUCCUUCGCCCCGUGGGGGAGCGUCGCCCCCCCGUCGAGAGCCUGGAGGAAGCUUUUGCCAAAUUUGGUAGGGUUCUUAGGGCUCAGGUUAUGUAUGAUCCUCAUUCGCGCGAGCCUCGUGGCUUUGCCUUCGUGACCAUGGCCGAUGCCGAUGCUGCCGAGGCCGCUAUCUCCGGCAUGACGGGAGUCGAGUUGAUGGGCCGUACUCUAUCUGUCCAGAAGGCUCGCCGCGGCCGUGCUAGGACGCCCACGCCCGGUCGCUACUUUGGUCCACCCAAGGGUAGGGAUGAGGCCCCAGGUGGAGGAAGGUAUGGACCACCCCCCUACGACCGCUAUGGCCCCCCUCCGCCUCGCGAUCCUUAUGACCGCUACGGACCACCCCGCUCGCCGCCGCCUCGCGAUCCGUACGACCGCUACGGACGCCCUCCUCCGCGCGAUUACCCGCCUCGCGACUACCCCCCUCCUGGCCGGGGUGGAUAUCCUCCUUCCCGAGGAUACAGUCCUCCCCCUCGUGGUGGCUCGAGGUACGACGACGUGCCUCCCCCUCCUCGUGGACGCUACGAUGAUGUCCCGCCCCCGCCCCGCGGUCGCUACGACGACAUUCCUCCUCCGCCCAGGGGCCGCUACGACGACGUCCCCCCUCGCCGAUACUAAACUUCAAGAGAAGGAGCAAGAAAAGUCGAACGCGCCGGCGAAAACAAAGAGUCGAGUAAGAGACUUUCCUUGUUCGCCUUGUCUGGCCCAACACAAAUACAAGAGGCGAGGGGAGAGCUUUGAGCUUGACGGUUUGUCUUCUGACUUUUUUUUCCGGUUCUUUCUAAUCUUCCUUCACGGUGCGUUGUUCAAAGCUUGGGAAGAGAAGCGGUGUGUGAUGUCGU